AUGGCGGAGGGUUCUCAGUGCUCAGAGAGAAUUCGCAGAGCGUUACGGAAGCAACUACGUCACACCGAUGAGAAAUAUGAAAUGGGUAAUAAAGUGUACUACAAGAGAGUGGAUUGUCCAGAGUGUAAAGGACCAGGAACAGGAUGGAGCAGUGGUAUUUGUAAAGCUACAGGUAAAUAUAAAAACUGGUUUAACCUGUUGCUCAUUGAGCCCACUAAUGUAGCAGGCAGUACGGAGUCUGCUGACAUGUUGAAUGUUGAGAAUCUUCAGAUUGAAUCCACUGUUACUAAUGCUGACUCCAUCGAUGGAAUGGAGCUGACCCAUGACCUUUAUAUCAAACCUCCUCCUGAGGCCAACAAUGAAGGAAAACUAUGGAAGCUUAAAAAGUGUGUGUAUGGUUUGGCCGAUGCUUCACUCUACUGGUAUAAUAGAGUGAAGGAGAUUGUCAUGAGAUCCAUGUUUCAAGUUGGGCGUGAGGAGUGUGACAGCUUCUGUUACGUGGGAAUACACUUUGAGACUGUGGACAAUAAAAUGCAGGUACAUCAGGAAAACUACAUUAAGCAUAUGCAGCCCAUACAUUUGGAUCCUUCUCGAGCUGUGGAACAAGACUCUCCUCUUUGUGAGGAGGAAAAAGAUCGACUAAGGUCCAAGCAUUCUAUCGGGUGUGUGCAGUUGAUUGAAUGUUUGACUUCUUCUAUUUUCAGUCUGCACCCUGCCUGCCAAAAUGGAGACCAUUACCUUGGUGAUAGCGAAGGCUCCUUUCACAUCAUCAAGGGCAAUUCCUGCCGCAGAGUCACCGAUCUGUCAACAGACAGCAAUGCUGUAGUUUACAAACUUCAUCCCAACUGUCAGGGUGGAGACCACUACUUCGCAGCCCAUAGAUAUUUUUACAUCAUCUUCCAAGAAAAGGGUACUUUACGAGUAACAACUGACAUGAAUCUUGACUCGGAUGCUGAAGUACACACCCUGCAUCCAGACUUCAGAGACGGUCUGUAUUACUGGGAGCUGCAUCACAUAAAACUAUUCGGCAUGUGCUUCUCCUUCCUCAAGCCCGCCUCAGAGUGGGGUGUUGAGUUCUGCCAUGCUCCUUAUCUCGGCAAAGACAGGCGCACUGCUGUCUAUUCUGUUCAUCCUGAUGUUCUUAACUUCCUUCCUGGUGGGCUGUCUGUAACUAAAGGCCCAGCCAUUGGCAUGUGGGAGAAUAUUAAAACGAUAAAAAAUGACAGCAAUACACCGGUGACAUGGCAAAAGAGGAUCACUAAAAAGGUUGGAUACAAUAAGGAGAAGAUGACCCAGAUCACUCACAACUGGAAGAUAGCUGCAUCAGCCUCAGUUGAAUCUGGACAGCUUGCAAAGUUAAUUGCGAAGUUACAGUUCUCCUUUUCUGCAGAAUAUGGAGGUUCACAUGUCAGCACUGAAAACGAAAGAUGGAAUGAAGCAACUGAAGAGGAAGAGCAACUCACAUUAAACCUGAAGCCACAUGAGUCUGUAUAUCUGUGGCAGUACAAACUGGGUCUUGGUCAAGAAUCAGUGUUGUUCUGCCGUGAUUUAAAGAUUACCAGUGAGCCAAACCCUCCAACUGAAGUCCCACUGCCACCCGCGCAACCAUGAAUAUCAGCAUUUCAGGAUCGCUGAACUCCAAGGAUAACCAAGUGCUUUUCAGUUCAAUACAUUAACUAUACAUUCUCAAGUAAUUAUAUAUAUAUGCAUGUACUGGUUAAAAUGAGUCUGGAAUCAUUUAAUAUAGCAAAGACAUGUUUCAUUUACAGAUGAUGAAACUACAAUUACUGAAACGUUGUGUUUAUGAUUAAAAUAAUCUGACAAUGCUAAUUUUAAUCUCACGAAAAUCAAAUAACGCAG